GUUGCAUUCAACAUGCUUCGAUAUCGGAUAAAUAAUUUUCCUAUUCAAUACGUUAUUAACACGCAUAUUUAAAUGUUGUAUAAAAUAAGAUGGCUACGUUGACCAACGUUUAAUACUGUAAGAAAUUGUUAUAACGAUAGCUUGAAGUUUUCUCUUUCCAACGAGUUCAAUAACAUAUUGUCCUAGGAAUGAUCUCUUGGUACAAUUCUAUAAAAAGUAGGGCCGCAACAAUUGAAUUUGGCACUUUUUUUUAAUUGUCCUGCAUUUGCCUUUGAGGACAACCAAUCAACAUAAAAUCUAUUAUCUUAUCUAAAGCCCGAAAAUUACACGACAAAUUAUGAAUUAAAACAAUAAGUUGCUAGUAAUCCUUACUAGUGGUUGAUGAGAUGCUGAUUAACUAAUUAAAAAAGAAAGCAUAUUUGUUAACUUAAUUAAUUUAUCAUCGCUCAAUACGUGUCUCGCUGUAAACGUGUACAUACUGUAGUUCUGAUACAUAAUAAUGUUAUUUGCAAAUGGCGAUCAAUAUUGUAAACAAAAUAACCUACAAGUAUACAAUUUGAAAAUAUUGACUUGAUUGACGUUAAUCAUAUGUGUAAAAAAAGUGACUGAAACUGUAAUACGUUCUAUAUAUGUAGUUGGUGAAAUUGAAAAAAUCGUAUACCCUACAAAUGUUUGUGAGCUACUGUUCAUUGUUCGGCAUUGAUAUAUGUAAUUCUUUGUAAUAAGAAAUAAAAUACAAUAUUGCAAAGAGCAUUUCGAUGUGAAAUUAAACAGGAUGUUUUAUUUUGUUAGUUAUACAUAAUAUACUUGGGAUUUUGUAUGCUGCACAAAGCUUAACUGACACACAAAAACAAAUUACGCUGAGAUAGAAAAUUCGUUAAAAUAAAUUAACAUUGAAACUAAAUAUUGUGUAAGUAGUACAUUUAUUGUAUGCAAUGUGAAAGCAAAUAUUUCGACGAAUUGUGGCAAUAGUUUCGUUCGGAAAAGGUCAUGUGAAAAUUCCAUUGUAUGUAAACAUCUUUGUUGUCAACGACAUACCACUUUGAUUGUAAAGAAAGAAAUACAUUACUCUACCUUCUACGAAGGAGGAAUUUGAUCUACCUAAUUUAAGUUGCUCUUAGUCCUUAAAAACUUACAAAUACAUAUUUUCUAUUCCAUUCUUACCAAAUGGAGGUUAUGGACUACAGUGAAGAGAAUUCACAAAUGGAAGAUAUGGAAGAUAAUCACUCUGAAGAAUCUGACAGUAACGACAAUACUGAUAAUAAUAUACAAACUGAAGAUCAUGAGGAAGAUACAAACGAUAAUGACGAAUCAAAGGCAAAGAAAGCAAAAGAAGAAUCUUUAGAUGAAUCUGAAGUUGAUUCUGAUCAGUCCUGCCCUAUAUGUAUGGAUUUUUGGACCAGCUCAGGAGAGCAUCGUCUGUGUUGUUUACGUUGUGGUCAUUUAUUCGGACACAGUUGUAUUUUGAAAUGGUUACAAAGUUCUUGUACUAGUGCAAAUCGCCGUUGUCCCCAAUGUAAUAUGAAAGCUUCCGUUAAGGACAUUAGAAUGUUAUAUGCCAAAAAACUGACAUCAAUAGACACUGCUGAAUUAGAUGCAUUGAAAACACAAUUAAUCAAUGUCACGACUGAAAAGAAUCGUGUAGAAAUGGAUUUGUCAAAGUAUGUUCUUAGGCAGAAAUUGUUCGAGCAACAAAUAACUAGUAUGCGAAAUCGUAUAUCUGAGUUAGAAGCUCAGCAGUCAGAAAUAACUUUGCAUUCCGGUCAAAAUAUUUCCAAACAUGUGAUUAAAAAAUUCCACCUAGAUCGAUCUAUAGAGAUAUGUAAGGACGGUGGUUGUCGUGUACUGGACUAUAAUCCCUGGCACGGAGUCCUAGUUGUUUCUCAAAAAUCAACGAACUCAUUAUUUUCGGGUUACGGUAUUAAAAAGAUUGAUUCGGAUAAGUUUCAACCACGCCAGUUCAUUUUUCUACAUUCGCAAGUCAUAAGAGACGUUACGUUUAACACGAGCCAACACUCGAUAUUGCUUAGCGUUGGUUUUGAUAAAUGUGCGAAACUGAUGGACAUUAAAAAUCACAUUGUUAUGCACACUUAUCAAACGGAUUUUCCACUGUGGAGUUGCUGUUGGUCAGGCGAUAAUUCAAAUAUAUUUUUUGCUGGUGCCCAGAACGGAUCAUUAACGCAAUUUGACAUAAGACAAACUUCUGGAGCUGUAGAAACUUUGGAUAGCCCUGGUGACAGAUCACCAGUGGUUUCUCUAGCAACAGUACCUUCUAAUCCUGGUAGUGGCAUUAGUCGAGGAGGUUUCAUUGCAUGUCGUUUAAAUACAUGCUAUGCAUAUGAACAGAAAGAGUCAAAGUAUGUACCUAAACAAAUAUUUCUUGAGGGGCCAUUUGUAUCUGUAUGUUACGAUGAGAAAAGCAAUCAUGCUCUAAUAUCUUCUCGGCCAAAUGCAAGGCAAUCUCAUGCUAGACACAUAGUAUGUACCAUAGAAAAAGGUAAUGACGAAUCAACUAUCUGUAAUGUUGUACACACAUUUCACGCUGGCAACUCUCAGCAGCUACUCUCGCGACCAUGUUACAUAAAUACUGAGAAUGAUACGUUAAUUGCUGCACACCAAGAAUCUACAAGUUGUAUAUCUUUGUGGAGCAUGUCCACUGGGAAACAAGUAAAUACACUACCUGUAUCUGACCCUGUUCUUGAUAUAUGUGCAGUCGAUGUUAAUAGUAAUUUAUUUUUAGCGACGCUUUCUGCGAAAAAAGUUAGAAUUUAUAGUCAUGGAUAAACGAAAUUGUUAUAAAAGUAAUGAAAAGUUUAAUAUAAUAUUUUGUAUACCACAAUCCAUGCCCAAAGUGUCUUUAGCGUAUAUAUCACAUAAAGUCAUCAUUCAAAAAGCACAAUAUGACUGCCAAUAUCAAAUUCCUUGCUGCAUUUCCUACUUUAAAGUUUGAAUACUGCUUCCAUGCAUAAGGUCAUGUGAUAAAAAUUAAUCUAAAUAAUUAAAAACAAAUCUGUCAAGUACAAGUUUUUACUUGUUAACGUUUACUGUACAUGCAUAACUUGAAUUGAGAAGAAAUAGCAAAAAUAAACUUGAUAAGUUAUCAAUUACUUAUUAACGACA